AGCGUGUUGUCAGGUCAACGCUUUUGUCUUUCUUUUACCUAUUUUUACCGUUCUCGAAGUCAAAUUUGCAUGGUCGAGUUUGUAAACCUAAAUUUGUUGCAACUUUUUCAGCAGCACGGUUUGAGGGAUGGCGGCUCCCAGAAAGAUAGCGUUGUUUCGCCUACCUCCCCUGCCCACAAUUGGGGAGGUAAUCAAGCUGUACAACCUGCGAGCAGAGAAACAGCUGUCCCAGAACUUUCUGCUGGACAUGAGGCUCACAGAUAAGAUUGUACGCCAAGCAGGCAGUCUGAGGGACGCCCAUGUGUGUGAGGUGGGUCCUGGACCUGGAGGGCUGACCCGCUCCAUCCUCAAUGCUGGGGCUGCAGACCUGCUGGUGGUGGAGAAGGACAACCGCUUCAUACCCGGACUAAACCUCUUGUCUGAAGCGGCACCAGGGAAGCUCAGGGUUGUCCAUGGUGACAUACUCACGUACAGAAUGGACAGAGGAUUCCCAAAAGUCAUAACCAAGGCAUGGGAGGAUGAUCCACCGGACCUGCAUAUCAUUGGGAACCUUCCCUUCAGUGUGUCCACUCCUCUCAUCAUCAAGUGGCUGGAGAACAUAUCCAACAGAACUGGAGCCUUUGUUUACGGCCGGACCAGACUCACCCUUACCUUUCAGAAAGAGGUGGCAGAGAGGUUGACAGCCAGCACAGCCAGCAGGCAGAGGAGUCGUCUGUCCAUCAUGGCCCAGUACCUCUGUACUGUCAAGAGCUGCUUCACCAUCCCAGGACGAGCCUUCAUCCCCAAACCUGAGGUGGACGUGGGGGUGGUACACUUCACCCCUCUGGCUCAGCCCCAGAUCAAGCAGCCCUUCAAGCUGGUGGAGAAAGUAGUCAGGAAUGUCUUCCAAUUCCGGAGGAAGCACUGCCGCAAAGGAAUCGAAAUGCUGUUCCCGGAGACACAGAGGCUGGAGCUGGCGGAGGUGAUGAUGCAUGAGGCGGACGUGGACCCCACCCUGCGCCCCACGGAGCUCUCCAUUCCUGACAUCAGAGCCCUGGCGGACGCCUACAGCCGCAUCUGCUCUGAGAACCAGGGCCUCCUCACCUACGACUUCAGAGAGGAACUUAGACUCAAACACCUUAACAGGCGAUCGGGCAGCAGCACUCAGCAGCCCGUCUGACAGAGAGGCUAGGAGGACGGAGGGGAAGGAGUGCCUAAUGGUCUCUUAGAGACGAGACAACGGACUGCUCUUAGCUCUGACAUUUCCACCUGGCACACGCAUGCAUUUUUAAACACCAUUUCUCUGGUUUCCCGGAGGCACUGGGUGACAUACAGUGAAUCCCGGAUGUGAUAGAAUUGAGAGGGACUGUGGUGGAAACAUGGGGAGAACUGAUCACUGGCCGUGGCUGGGGUAGCUAACACACAGAUCAGACUAGAGCUCAGGCACUCCAGUCCAGUUGUAAAAGGAAGAAUAGACCGUGUGAAAUGACCAGCAGGAGAGUUAAGUGAUGAGAUGAGUUUGUAAUUCUCAACCCAUCACCCACUAUGUCCUGGUUCUUACCUCUGAUUCUGAUUUCCCCAUAUGACUUUGUCCUCUGGGAGAUGAGUCCGGAAACAUUUUCAUGACGAUUUAGAGAAUAAGAACACGUUGACGGUAUUCAGGCCAUUCCGCCUCCCUCUUCUUUGUCUCACUCACUGGGGAGAUGGGGGUGGUGUGGGAGGAGGGAAGUGCUGUUGGAAAGUUGGCAGCUCCUGAUGAGGCUAUUGAAAUCCUAAAAUCAUCAGUGAGUACUGAGUGCUUUGUUAAAAACUAAAUAAAUAAAAUGCUGGCCAUCUGUU